AUGCGCGCGGCCCUCGCGCGGGAGCCGGGAGCCCCGGCGCCGCUGGGCCGCGCCGUUCGCGCGGGGGCCAUUGCUGGCGGCCGCACCCCAGCGCGGCCGCGCUUGGCGGUCUCGCUAAGGGCCCCGUUCCCUCAUGCCAGCUGGCCGGGACGCGCGGCGCGGGCGGCAGCUGCUCGGCGGGCGGUCGGCGUCGGCGGCCGCGCCGGCGCAGCAGGCGCCUCCCUGCAGCCGCUGGCGAUGGUCGGCGCUGGCGCGGCGGCGCUGGCGAGGUGCGCCAUCGCCGGCCGCGAGGUUCCCGUCACAGCGCACUCCGGCAUCGACGCGGCCGAGGCGAUUAAGAGCCGCAUGUUUCGCGACUGGGCGGCGGCGGUGGGGCGGGACCCACGGCUUGAUGUUCGCGGGGUGCACCUCCAGUCGGUCGACAUGUUCGGGCAACGGGUCGGCUUCCUGAAGCUCGUCGCGGACGUCUCCGUGGGCGGGCAGCGCGUCCCGGGCGUCGUGUUCAUGCGCGGCGGCUCGGUGGCCGUCCUGGUCGUGCUGGAGUGCGAGGGCGAAGAGCACACAGUGCUCGUGCGGCAGCCCAGGGUGCCCGUCUCGGACGGGGCUAGGACGAGGAUAAGUCCGUUCCAGAGCGUGCGCUCUCGGAGGGUCCUGGAACGCUCUGAGAAGGCCGCGGCGCUCGAUACAGCCCCCAGAUCUGUUGGAUCUCAGAGAUUCCCGAUUUGUUCUCAUCGGAUUCUCUGCCUGUCCUGGCUCCGUCUUACCGUCGGCUCCUCCGACGUGCCCGAGAUUCCGGCCGGCAUGAUGGACGCCUCGGGCCGCUUCGCGGGCGUCGCCGCCAGCGAGUUGAGGGAGGAGUGCGGGCUGCUGAUCUCCGAGGAGGAGCUCGUGGACCUGACAGCCUCUCCCACGGGCCGGGGCCUUCCCCGGCCUGCUGCCGUCCCGGGGGCUGCGACGAGUUCGUGCGCUCUGAUGCUCUUCCGGGGGGCUGGCUGCCGCCCGACCGGCUCGCGGAGGCUGGCGGCGGGGCCGGCGGGCGGUGCGGGCUGCGGGAGGAGGGGGAGCUCAUCACGCUCGAGGUGA